CGUCACUCGCGCGGUAAAAUUUCAAGGCGCGGACUUGAAUUGUUAAAAAGCCUCAUCCGCCGACUCAUCAUCGAUUCACGACCAGAUGUCGAGGCUCUCCAUGCACGCGUUGUGUCGAGCAUUGCCAUGUUCUACGACUUGAAUGUCCGAUGGACGCCCAAUGAUGCACAACUCCCUCGAACCCUGGCCUUCUUGUCCGAACUGGGCUACAAUGUCGUCGCAUUGAACCAUGUCAUUUCUGGCAAAUUGCCCGUCGAUACUUGUCCGAUUCCAGCUUCAAUCCCAGACAAGGACAAUGUCCCUGCGAAUCUCACCAUUCUACGUCGCGUCACUCUCACCCUCACCGAGUCCUACCAGAAUGCCCGCCUCACCGCCCUCGCCAAAGAGUACGACAUGCUUGCUGUGCGACCUGUCGAUGAACGUACUCUCCAGCUUGCCUGCACUUCCUUGGAAUGCGACAUAAUUUCCCUCGACUUGACGCAGCGCCUACCUUUCCAUUUCAAAUACAAAUCGCUCGCCGAAGCUAUCAAAGCCGGGAAACGCUUCGAAAUAUGUUAUGCGCAGGCUCUGACCAGCGGUGAUCCUCAAGCCAGGCGCAACCUUAUCAGCAAUACCACACAAUUGAUCCGAGCAAGCCGUGGAAGGGGUCUAAUUUUGUGUUCCGAGGCUAGCCAGGGCCCAGUCGGCUGCAGAGGACCUUGGGACAUUAUCAAUCUCAUGACCUUGUGGGGGCUAAGUCAAGAGAGGGGUCAUGAAGGUAUCACAAAAGAAGCCCGCAACGUCGUCGUGACGGCCAAAUUGAAGAAGACCGGUUGGCGAGGCGUGGUCGACGUCAUACAUCCUGGCGACAAGCCGGAUCCCGGUCCUGCGAGCGAAGGGCCAGCGGCCGGCAAGAAGCAGCAACACCCACAUCAGCCGAAGAAACAAGGCGGUGGUGCUGGGUCAGCAGCCGGUAACAGCGGCAAGCAGCAAAAGAAGCAACAAUCGAAGCAGAAUGCAGCUCAACAGGCAUCGGGACAAAAGCGAAAAGCAGACUCGUUAGCAGAUACCAGCGACAGCAAGGCGCUGGCUCAACGUGGUCCUCACACUCCCAAACACGCCAAGCAGUGAAAACUCGUCAUGGCGUGGUACAAGGACGUGUUGCCAGAUAUCAAAAUUAAUGCCCAAAAGCGAGAUUGCAAAGGGGACGGUGC